CGGCGCCUCCCCACUCCGCUCACUCUCCGGCGCCGACAGGUGGUGCUCCGUCAACCGGCUGAAGCUUCCGAGUCCAGGUAAUUGCUGCUGCUCCUCCAUCUCCGUUGGAAGAGGGCUUCGGCGAGAGCAACCUUCGCCGACCACCACCCGACGCUCGCUCGAGCCCGCAGAUCUGGGCGAGCAACGCUCGCUGCAGCUGCUCUGCCGAGCUCGAGCAGCUGUGGUCGCUCGGCAGAGCAGCUCGAGCGAGCGACGCCGAGCCCCAAGCGAGCCGUCGCCCAGAUCUGCCAGAUCUGGGCGACGGUUGCUCGCCGGAGCUGCUCUGCCGAGCGAACCAGACGAGGAGGACGAGACUCGGCGGACUCGAUGUAUAAAAGCAAAGUGGGCUAGCCGACGAGGCCUGAACCUAUGUUGUCGAGGACAGCAUCCAUGAACGAUGUCUACAAGCUCCCGCUACCUCGUCAUCAAGACCGGCCUCCAAGACGACGCCGCCGCCUCCUGCUGUCAUGCGCCGCCUCGGCCCCCGAGAGCUUGCCCCGCGCCCGCUCUCUCUUCGCCGGUGCCUCCUCUCGCGACGCCGUCGCUUACAACACUAUCAUCAGAUGCCACGCCCACUCUUCCCCUUUCCCACUCUCUCUCCUUCUUUGCCCAGAUGCUCCGCCGCGGCGUGUCCCCCGAUAACUUCACCUUCCCUUUCGUCCUCAAGGCCUGCUCUCGCCUCCGGAGAGAUGGGCCACGGCCUUCACGCCCUUCACGCCCUGAUCGCGAAGCUCGGGCUCGGCUCCGACGUCUAUGUCCAGAACGCGCUGAUCAGCGCGUACGGGUGUGUUGGUGCGGUGGAGACGGCGCGGAAGGUGUUUGACGAAAUGCCUGAGCGAGACUUGGUGUCUUGGUCAUCCUUGAUUGGGUGUUACGCGAAUAAUGGAUUUGGGUACGAUGCCUUGGUUUGUUUUCGGGAAAUGCAGCUGGUAGAGAGUUUUGAACCGGAUAAGGUAACUAUGCUCAGUGUGAUCUCGGCGGUUUCCAGCUUAGGGGCUUUGGAAUUGGGGAGGUGGGUCGAGUGUUAUUUUCGGAGAAGUGGCUUGAGUUGGAAGAUUUAUGUCGGGACUGCUUUGAUAGACAUGUACUCCAGGUGUGGGUCAGUCGAUGAAUCGAUGAGGGUGUUCCAUGAAACGCCUGAGAGAAAUGUGUUGACUUGGACGGUGGCGAUCAAUGGGCUUGCGGUGCAUGGCCACGGUGAUGAGGCCCUCAAAUUGUUCCAUGACAUGAAGGAAUCAGGAAUGCAGCCGGAUUCUAUAACGUUCUCCGCAGUUUUAGUGGCUUGCAGCCAUGCAGGACUUGUCGAAGAAGGCCGAGGAAUAUUUGAAAGCAUAAAGAAAGAUUAUGGCUUGGAACCGACGCUUGAGCAUUAUGGGUGUAUGGUUGACAUUUUUGGCCGAGCGGGGAUGGUUGAGCAAGCAUAUGAAUUUGUUGAAAAGAUGCCGAUCAGGCCAAACUCAGUUGUCUGGAGAACUCUGCUUGGAGCCUGUGUGAAUCAUGACCAUCUUGGCUUAGCUGAAAAGGCGAGAGGAAGACUUCAUGAGCUGGAUCCUCAUCACGAUGGUGAUUAUGUCCUUCUGUCCAAUGCCUAUGGGGGAGUUGGUAAAUGGAACCGCAAAGCGCAGAUGAGGAUUUUAAUGAAAGAUAGGAGAAUUAGCAAAAUACCAGGUUAUAGUUUGAUCAAUGCAGACCAAGAGAUCCAUGAGUUUGUUUCAGGGGAAAAUUCUCAUCCGGAGUGGGAAAAUAUUAGGGACUUGUUAACUUCAAUAAUGGACAGAUUGAAGCUUCGAGGUUAUAUGCCACAAACGUCAAACGUGCUCCAUGAUAUUGAAGAGGAGGAGGAGAGCAAUCUGAGUUAUCACAGCGAGAAGUUGGCAGUUGCUUUCGCCUUUCUGCAUUUUGAAAACGGGAGAACGAUUCGGGUCAUGAAGAACAUCCGAAUUUGUCACGAUUGCCAUUCUUUUAUGAAGCACGUGUCGGAUGUAUUCCAGAGAGAGAUUGUUGUCCGAGAUCAAAACCGUUUCCACCAUUUUUUGCUAGUUCUUAUUGUACGAACUUUACUUAUAAAUUUAGUUUUUAAGUAUGCAUAUAAACUGCAUUUCAAGGAAGCUGCAAGAACUAUGCAUGGAACACGGAUCAACGAACCUUUGCUGCCCGAUCGCCUCGCUGUUGCGUCGGUCACCACCGCCGUUCCGCCGCAGCCGUUAUCCCUCUCACUGCACCAGCGCCACCGCCUCGCCGCUCCACCUCCGAACCUCCCCGCCGGACACCGCACUUGCUCGGAGCUCGAUCUGCCGCACCAGAACGCCGAUCUCGCCCCUAACUUGUCUGCAACCGGCGACCCAGCAGAUCCCAAGCCGGUUCGCCGCACUUCCGUUGCUGUUGCGCCCCUGAUCGCCCGAGUACCAGUAGCCCCGCCGACGCUGCCGCCAAACCGCUCCUCCCCCCGACGCUCAGCCGCUGCCGUGCCGCUGUUCCUGCCGCGACCCGACGCCGCAGAGCCCACAUCGCUGUUGCUCGCGUCUCGGUGCCCGACAGCAAGCCCCGCGCCCUACGACGCCCCCUCGCCGGUGCCCCCUUUCGCCGAACUUGUGACGGAUCAACUCCAACUCCUCCAAGCGAAUCCAACGGCUGCACCCGCUCUUCCUGAAGUAGUUAUCCCGAAGCAAGCAAACAAGGUUCAAACGAUUGACGACGACAUGCCUGGGCUGGAAGAUGACCCACCGUUGAUCACCGCUGGAAAGGCUAAGCUUGAUAACGUUCCUAAGACGGAGCAAGAUGAACGCUUCACAAAGCUAGAAGAGAAGGUUAAGCAAUUGCAAGGAUCACAAAGCUCACUUCCGUUCAACUUGUCAGUGUAUGAGAAAGUCAAGAUGCCAAAGAAAUUUAAGAUGCCAGAGUUCGAGAAGUACGACGGUACUUCCUGCCCGAAAGCUCAUUUGCAGAUGUAUCACGUAUGCAUGGCCCAAUAUGUCAAGAAUGAGCCUCUCAUGAUUCAAUCGUUCCAUGCUAGUCUGACUGGGCCUGCACUGAAUUGGUACAUAAUGAAGAAUAUAAACCUUCUCGACGGAAUGAAGUGA